AUAUACAAUGUGUAUGCCAGAUGAAUUUUCAUGAGGUACCCGUCACAAGGAUUUUCUCAGGGACCAACUCUGCUCUGACCAGGGAGUGGCUGUUCCCUCUCUUGCACCCAACGUGUAUCAGGAGAGCUCGACUUGCCAGGCAAGGAGUAACCCAGGAACUCACUGGCUUUGUGGUUGCAAGUCCCCAUGGAGUCCUGCCGCUCUGGUCUUGGAAUGGCAAACCUCCUCUGAUGUGUUAUUUCAGGUGUUUCCGAUGUGCUGCAUCUCUCUGAGCCAUGCCCCAGCAAUGACUAUCCAAAUGGUAACCAAGAGAUGCUGUUUUUCUCCUGAACUUGUUCAACAGGCGUCUCAGUGUGGACAGAGCCCCAGCUCCCAACAGUAUGUUUUCCUGCAGCAGUCACAGCUGUAUGAAAACACGUGGAGGUUGCAUUAAAGUAAGACACUGCUGCUGUUGAGUAGAGCUUUUUAACAUGAAACUCCCUGGAAUUGUCUGCAUCCAGGAGCACUAUGGAGCAAUUUUUAACAUGGAGAAGAAAUUGUUACAUGUGUCUGGUAAUAGAAGACAUUAUUUCACUGACAGAAAACUCAUCCUGAGUGGGGGAGCAAAACCCUGGCACCAACCUCCUAACGCUAAAGUGAAAGGAAAUGCUGGAGCACAGAAUGAAAAAAAUAUGAGAGCGGUGGUGACAGGAGGCGGAGGCUAUUUUGGAUACAAGCUGGGAUGUGCUCUUGCCAGCUCAGGAGCUUCUGUUGUUCUGUAUGAUAUAAACAAGCCUAUCUGGGAAAUUCCCAAUGGAGUAGCAUGUAUCCAGGCAGAUGUCAGGGAUUACGAUGCCAUAUUUGCAGCCUGUGAAGGGGCUGACUGCGUGUUUCAUGUAGCUUCAUAUGGAAUGUCAGGAAGAGAGCAAUUGCACAGAGAAGAGAUUGAAAGUGUAAACAUUCAUGGAACAAGGUUCAUCAUUGAUGCCUGCAAACAAAGGAACAUCACCAGACUGAUAUACACCAGUACAGUAAAUGUGGUGUUUGGAGGGCUUUCUAUUGAAGAUGGUGAUGAGGAAACUGUGCCAUAUUUUCCCAUAGAAAAGCAUGUUGAUCAUUAUUCCAGAACCAAAUCAAUUGCAGAACAAAUGGUACUAGCAGCUAAUGGAACUCCACUAGCAGGAGGUGGAACACUCUAUACAUGUGUUCUUCGCCCACCAGGCAUCUAUGGACCAGAAGAGCAGAGACACCUGCCAAGGCUAGCAAAGAACAUUGAGAGAGGGCUACUUAGCUUCAAGUUUGGGGAUCCUUCUGCUAAAAUGAACUGGGUGCAUGCAGAGAAUCUCGUACAAGCUCAAAUUCUAGCUGCUGAAGCUCUCACCCCUGAGAAGAACUACAUAGCUAGUGGUCAGGUGUAUUUCAUUAAUGAUGGUGAAAAAUUCAAUCUUUUUGAAUGGUUAACUCCACUCUUUGAACGUUUAGGUUGCAGUAAACCAUGGAUACGUAUUCCUACUUCCUUGGUUUAUACAUCAGCCAUGAUAAUGGAGUAUCUUCAUCUGAUGCUGAAACCAUUUGUUGAACUGUCCCCCCUGCUGACCAGAAAUGAGGUGCAGAAUAUUUCCAUAACUCAUACAUUUCGAAUAGACAAGGCACGGAAUCAGCUAGGGUACAGCCCAGAGAAGUUUGUGUUUGCUGAUUCUGUGGACCAUUACAUUAAAACAAGACCAGAAGCCCAGAACGAUCACAUCUUCCUCAAAGUUUUGCUUUUGUUAAUUGUUAGUUUAAGUUUGAUCUUUCUUUCUUUAAGAUUUGAUGACCUUUCAGUUUUGCAUUUUUUUAAGGAAACAAAACACUGACAUGCAUAAACUGCACGUACUCAGUCACAGUACUGCUGCCCAUGGAUCAUCUUGAUCUCCACAAUACUUAAUGCCCCCAAUGCAAUAAGCAGGCAGUUAUUUUAGAUCCUACAAAAAUAAUAAUUGUAGCCUAUAAGUAGCUGUACUUAAGAAAUUAAAAUACUGUAAACAAUUAUGGCCAAAGAUCAACACUGAAACACACUGGAGUCAAGACUGUUGAACCUAUGUAUUUCACACCAACAAUCUUUUCAAAUUGAAUGCCGAAGUGCACGAGGACCUGCAAAAGGAACAGAAACUUCAACCAAUCUUCAGUGCUUCACCAGUGAAGAAAAAGGGCUAAAAUAAGGAUGAAGGUUGACUACAGCUGCUGCCACGCUCAUUACCUUGGGGAACUGAGGAACACACAAAGGGACCAACAAUGAGAAUGUAUCACUGUAAA